AAUUUAAAAAUCUGAUUGUAUUAUGAAACAAUCAGUUAAAAACUAUAAAAAUGAGAAAGAACGUCUCAAUGAAUUGUUAAAAAGCCCGACAUCAGUUUCUAUACAAAAUAAAAAUAAUGUUUCUAAAUUUAAGUUUGGGACAUAUGGAAACAUGAGGGAAUGUAAUUUAUCAUCGUUUAUUAUUGAACCUCUUGAUUUUGAUGGAGUUCCGCCAAAUCUUGUUGUUAUUUUUAAGAAUAUUUGUAAAAGAGAUACUACAACGAAACUUAAAGGGUUAGAUGAUAUUAGUAGCUGGAUAAAUGAAAACGGAGGGGAAUUAAAUGAGAAUAAUAUUUUAAAAGUCUGGUCAUAUUUAUAUCCUCGAUUAUCAAUAGAUAUAGAUCGCCAAGUUCGUCUGUCUUGUAAUCAUGUACAUCGAAAAAUAUACAUUCAAUCAGGAAAGAAAAUUGUUAAAUUUAUUAAGGAAAUUAUUGGAUCAUGGAUUAUGUCAACUUUUGAUAGUGAUCAUGGGGUUAAAAAGGUGGCUAUAGAAUCUUUUAAUACAGCAUUUCAGACUCGUGAGAAAAGAUUGAUUGUUAAGAAGACAUAUCACAAAUAUAUUCUUAGUUUUAAUAAAAAUAUUAUUCUUAAACAAUCACCUAGUACAUUAAGCGAUUUACGAUAUAUAUCUCAGGAGGAUUCGAAGGCUAAGUAUUAUAGAAUUAUUGCCUCUAUAUUGGCAUCGUUUGCUGAUAUUAUAUUAAAUUUGGAAUUAGAUGAGCUUAAAAAGGAGGAAGCUUCAUAUGAUGAAAUUAUGGCAUCUGAAAAAUUUUGGAAAUUUUUAUAUGAAACAGAUUUUAUUGGAAGAAAAUAUUUUUAUGAAGUGAUUAAAAAUCUAUCGGAGAAGUGGCCAGAAUUGUUAAUUUCCCAGAAAAAUAUGAUUAAGAAGUCUGUAGCAAAAUUGAUGAAGAAUACAGAAAAAUCAUUCAUAUCAAUUAUUCUUCCAACUAUGGAAAUAUUUUUUUCAGUAUGUCCUGAACUAUGGGAAUAUGAUUUUUUUGGUGAUUCCGAAAUAUUUUCUUAUUUUAAAAGAUUGAUGUUAAAUAAUGAUUCUAAUUCUAAGCAAUUUUGGAACUGUUUUUAUAAUCUUAUAACAAAAAUACCUUUAAAUCCUCAUAAAUCUCAUUUUGAUGUAUAUUUAAAUGAUUUUAUAAGAAUGAUUUGGGAAGGUGCAUCUAAAAAAACUAAAUAUGAUAAUGAAGCGGGUUUUGAAACAUUUUUUAAGAUUAUGUGCUAUUAUAUGAAACAUUUUGAAAAUACACGUACUAUAUCUUCUAUUUUUGAAAAAAAAAUUAUGGAUAUUAUUAUUAAUUAUUUUACUGAUAUUAAAUCUUUAAAUACUAAAACAUCAGAUGAUUUUAGGCAUGCAUUAGUGAAGGGAUUUUUGAGAAAUGAGUAUAUCUUAAAUGAUAUUUUUAAUAAGUUUUGGUACGAAUCAAAGCAAUGUAUUCUUGAGAAGUUAUCAAAAACAUCAAAUAUCAUAUGUGAAGAAAAUUAUGAUGAACCUUUUACCGUUUGUCUGCGUUGGAUAAAUACUGUUGAUGAAUUUAUCAAAGAAACAGAUGAUAAUACUGUUUUAGCUGAUAAAUCACAUGUUUAUUUAACUAUAUGCGAAGUAAUAUAUUUUAUAAUUUGCCACAUUAGGCGGAGUGAUGAUUUACCUCAAAAAACAAUAGAAUUAUUAAACUGUGUUGUAUCCAAGUUUUCGGAUAUCAUAUUUAAGAAUCAAAGAAUUCUUUCGGAACUUGAAAGUUUUAUUAUGGAAAAAAUCCCUAAAUUUAUUACAUCAUUAACAGAAUCUAUUGGGUCUAUUCUUUUAAUUUAUAUUGUAAAAAACAAAAAUACUGAAAGUGUAGGUUUGGUUUGGACAUCUUUAUUUUUACAUCUUUCGAAAAUAGAAAGUAGAUCAGAACGAAAUGUUUUUACUCACAAAAUAGCGAAAAUGAUAAUUGAUAGUAAAAUUAACAUAGAGGAUUUAAGAAAUUGUUUACCUUGUGUUAAUUUAAUUGAUGAUGUUUUAUUGGAUUGUGUGCAUUUUAAUAUUGAUAAUAAUUUUGAAAAUUGGGAAUGUUUAAAUGAUUUUCUUACUGUGAAAGAAAUUGUUUUUUCAAAAGAAAGCAUUGUUGAAAGUUUGAUUUUUUUGGUAGAAAAGGUUUUUUGCCCGAAUGAUUCUGAAUUUUAUUAUAUAUUCAAUGACGAUCGAAUCUUAGUUCUGUUACAUAAUGUAUUAGGUGACAAUUUUGAUUUGUGUUCAUGUUUUCUGCAGAAUUUUCGAGCCAUAGAAUUUCAUAUAAAAAUAUGGAAUUUUACUUAUAUUAAUAAGGGGGAUAUUUCAGAAAGAAUCUCUAUUUUCAAUGAUUUAUUUGAGAAGAUUUAUUGUCUAAAUAAUAAAAUAGGCAGUAAUCUAAGAUUUAAUAUUGCGAAUAUUAUUCAGAAACAAAUUUUAUUAUUAGAUUCUCUUGAUUUUUCAUUAAUGAGAUCGCUUUGUUCAUUAAAUGUAAAAGUGUUAUCUUUUGCUACAGAAUCAGAAAAAAUGGAUCUUUUAGCUAUAUUUUUAUUUUCAACACAUGAAUGGGAUACAGCUUUUUCAUUUUUAAUUUCGGAAUAUCCUAAUAAAAACUUAGAGUUGUUUAGUUCUUUGAAAACAUGUUGUUUAAUAUUUUCAAAUUUUGUUAAAACAAAAGGAAAUAUUGAAACCGAUAAUAUUUCAAAAUUAUUGAAAAUGUCUGUUUUUUCUAAGACAAUAAUCAAUUCCCUUAUAUUGGAUUUAUGUUCUUUGAAAAUUCAUUGGUUAAUAUUAUAUGGAAUUAUGAUUUGUGAAGAGCUUAUUAGGGACAAUUUCGAAUUAGAACAUGCGAAUUGCUUAUGGAAAUCAAUAACGAAAGAACAAGAACAAGAAUUGUUUACCUUGAUAGAAAGAAGUGAUGACUUUGUUUUCGAUAUAUUAACUUCGGAUAAAAUUGAACUUUUUGGUAUUGACAAUUUUGUACAAAGAAAUGAUAUAAAGUUUUUGGAAAAAAUAAAGAUGAAAUCUAUUGGAUGUUCACCUGAAACAUAUUAUUCUGCUUGUGUGUUGUCUAGAACUUUUCAAUUUUUAACAAAAAGGAUUGAAUAUUCUCAAGAAGAAGUAGAAACAUGGUUAAAUGAUAUAUCUAUAGAAAAUGAUCAAAAUGUAUUUAUUUUUGCUGCUGUUAUUAAUGGAUUUCAACAAAAGCUUUUUUUUUCAAAAAGAUUGGAAGGUAUAAGAAAUAGAAUUGGUAGUGAUAUAUCUGGUGAUUUUGUUGUUGAUAGAGAUUUGAAAAAAAUUGUCUUAUUUAAUGUAUUUAUACCAUUUGAUGGUAGUCUUUGGAAACAUUUUCCACAACAACGUAUAAUAUUUCUUUUUCAGAAUCUUUUAAAAUUAAUUGAUAAAAAAAAUAUAAUAAAAGUCCAAAAUAUUGAUUUUUGUGCUGAAAUUACAAAAAUAUUUAUAAAGUUAAUUCCUUUUGUAAAAACUAUUGAUGGACUUUAUUGGUAUAAUAUUUGUGAUUACCUUUGUCAAUGUCUUAAGAUUUGUAUAGAAACCUCAUUAGAUUUUUUGAAUUUUGAAUUCUAUUCAAUGAAACUUUUUAUGACUUUAAGUAAUUGUUAUUCUUUCAAUGAUUCUUUUAAUGAUGCAUGGAAUAUUCAUUCUAAGACUUUAUAUUCACACUUGUUUCAAUUAUUUAUUCAUAAAAAAGAGACACAUGCAAAAAAUCAACCUUUAGAUAUUUGCAUUCAGCUUUUGUCAAGAAUAUUAUUACAGAUUCCUAUAGCUAUUGUAGAAAAGCCAUUAGUAAAUUCGCUUUAUCUUCAUUUAUUAUCUCAAUGGAAAUAUACGCAAAUUACUACAUUUGAUUGGUUAACAAAAUGGAUUUUAAAAGAUCAGGAAAAUUUGAUUGUAGAAACAGAGUUUUCUAAAGAAAUAGAUAUCGAUUUGCCUUCAAAAUUACUUUUUAUGAUUUCAGACCUUCCAUGUUAUGAUUCAUUAGAUAAUAUUGAUCAUGAAAAUAAUUUAUCUUCUAAACUUCGAGGUUAUUUUCUUUCUUGGAUUCUUAUUUUUACAUAUUUUAAAAAUACGUCAUAUAUAUUAAAGUCCCAUUAUAUUGAAAGUUUGAAAAAUAGUAAUUGUAUUCCAUUGACAAUUGAAUUUAUAUUUAAAACUCUUGAAUUAUUAAGCGAUAAGCCUAUAAAUGCAAUAGAAAUAUCAUGGGAUAUUUUAGAAUGGAAAAGCGCAGACAAUAUAAAAACAGAAAUACUAUCUUUAAUGGUGUAUGUAUAUUUACUUAUACUCAGAUAUAUUCCAUCUCUUGCAAGAGAUUGGUGGAUCGGAUGCAAGAAUAGGCAGUUAACUCAAUCAGUGGAAACGUUUACGGAAAAAAAUAUAUCUUCUAUUUUGAUUGAAGAUGAAAUCGCUUCAGUAUUAUUAGAAUCUAUACAACUAAAAAUAAAUGAUGAUAAUAUACACGUCAAAACGUCGAAAACUACUCGCGAAGUUACGACUUCUUAUACAAUUGAUGAUCAAUAUUUAGAAAUGGUUAUUCGGUUGCCUGCUUGUUAUCCUUUGAAUCAGGUUAUUGUAGAAGGUAUACAAAAAAUUGGUGUCAAAGAUGCCCAAUGGAGAGCAUGGUUAUUAGCUUCUCGGAUUUUAAUAACUACACAGAAUGGAAGUAUUGCAGAUGCUGUAAGUCUGUUUAAGCGGAAUGUUUCACUUCAUUUUGAAGGCGUUGUUGCUUGCCAUAUAUGCUUUUCAAUCAUAUCAGUUCAAGAUAGAUCUUUACCUAGCAAAAAAUGUGCAAUUUGUAAAAACAAAUUUCAUUCUGGAUGUUUAUAUAAAUGGUUUAAAACAUCAAAUGCUUCUAAGUGUCCUUUAUGUCGGACAACUUUUUCUUUUGCUGCAUAA